AUGGCUGGACUUCCAGUGCUCCAUCCGUACCCAACUUGCCCGGUUAUCGGGCAAUUUAGGUCGUUAACGGGGUAUGCGGAGACCGGUUACCAGCCGCCCAGCAUCGAUGGCACCAUCGAGCUCUUCACGCUCGCCCCGCACCAGGCCGUGCCCUUCAUGCUUAUGGCCCAGUACUUCGACCGCCAUGAUGAGCCUGACCCUGGCGACCCACCGCAGAUGCUGGUGGAGGGCAAGCCCGGCACCGGAAAGACCCAAUUCAUACAGGCGCUGCUCUGGUACACAUUCCAGCAUGGCUGCCCGCACUGGGCGGCCACCUGCGCCUACUCCUGGGCCGCCGCAGCUGCCUUCAACACGCCAGUGCACCGCAGCCUCUCCACCCACGCCAUGUUUGCCCUCUCCGCUGGCAACAACCAAGCGGAGAGUGUCAGGAAAGGCAGCGCUGCCAGCCUACAGGUGCACCGCAAUGCCGGCACUGGUGCGCUCAUCAUUGAUGAGAUCGGCAUGAACAGCCUAGACCACCUGGGCGCGUGCAACCAGUCAUGCACCCAUCACCUGUUGCCGCCAUCACAUCUCGCCGGCGACCACCCCGCCGCCACCAUCUUCAGCAGCCGCCCCAGCGCCAACACAGGCGAUGAGUUCCAGCACCCAAAGCCAGGUGGGCCGCCCCUAUACCGGUACACCGCCGCUGUGGAACACAACCCCCAGUCCUCACCCUCCGUCCCGACUGCGCAACCUCUGCACGGAGAGGAUGACAACAAUGGCGUCCCUAACGAUGCUGCUGCUGGAGCUCAAGGCGGCAAACAGCAAGCCGAAGUAACAACACGCCACACCCGGGCCGUCCCACAGACCCAGAGCUGCAUCCUCGAGGGCUUCCGGGUCUACCGAGCCCUGGCCAAGACGGUCUUCUUGCUGGAGAAGCAGCAGCGCCAGGACAGCAGUCCCUCUGGUCGUCGCCUGACAGAGUACGCCUCUAUGUUCGGCGGCGAGCCAGCCACCGAGCAGCGCAUAGCAGAGAUGGUUGACGACCUCAACAGCCGCGCCAUCAUCGACUUGGCAGACCUGGCACACCUUGAGCCGCGCGUCGUGCUGCAGAGGAACGAACCACGCCACACGCUCAACACCCGGCUCAUCAUGCUGGAGGCAAACCGCAAGAACCAGCACCUUAUGGUGUGGAACGCCGACCACGUCCCUGUCCAGAAGCGGGGCGCCGCUGUGGAGCCGCCCUUAACACACGUGGAGAAAGCAGUUGUGAUGUGGAUCAAGGAUGACGAGUUUGGCCACACCACCGCCGACACGUGGUACUACCAUGGCGCCCGUUACAUCCUCCUUGACACGACGGCAGCUGAUGCCGGGGCGAGUCACAACAACGAAGUGGAAGCCUGCGGCUUGCUUGAGGAUGGCCGCGAGCCAGCAGAUGACGGCCGUGGGCCAUACCGCUGGCUCAAGUACCUGCCAGCGGCCGUCAUUGUGCGGCCUGUGAGCGGCCACAUCCCCGAGACCGUGCUGCAGGGCCUUGGAGACUACGCAAGCAGGGGUGGCGCCUUCAUCCUGACACCCCGGGCGUCUUGCAUGGCCGAGGUGGAGAUGCCCGCCGGCGGAUGUGGCACCAUCACAAAGCAGAUCCGGCACCUCAACGUGCCGCUGGGCGACCGCCAGGAGGCCACGGGGACAAGCGCUGCGCUGCUGCGAGUUCGGCGACUGAGCACUCAGUGGCGCCCAGUUGCCCUUGGUGUUGCUGCCGUUGUUCGGCUGGUCUCCGCCGGCGUCACUGCUGGUUGUGCUGCCAUCGCGGGUGCUGGGGGCGCCGGCUCUGUCUCCCGCGGCGCCGAGCGCGUUGACGGCGCGUUUGGUCGGCGCCAGCAGAUUGCUCAGGUUGUCAUGUCUCGUGUUGGCGCCAGAACCUGGCAGUCGUAUGCGUCGCAUUUUGCCGCCUUUGUGUGUUUCUGUGUGGGGGAAGGUUUGGAGUUUCUCCUGGCCUCCCAUUAUGCCGGGCUCUUGUGGGGUCAGUUUCUCGCUGCCAAGGGCUCCAUCCAAGUCCGCAGAGCGCAGCCUUAUUUCAGUGCUAUCAUCUCCGUGCAUGACUUGCUCGGGUACCCUAAGCCCUGUGCCGGAGACAACACCCUGUUGGCCGCGUUCCAUCGAGGUUGGGAGUGCUUGCAGCACUCAACGGUGCCUGCUUCCGCGCUCGUGUUGGCCUUUAGUGCAGGUGAUGCUUGGCAUCUUUAUGAGCAGUUGGCCGUGGUACCCGUUGGCUCCGAGUUAGCCUUGCCGUUGUUGUUCGUCGUGUUGAGUUUCUGUCUCUUGCUUCGCCCAGACUCUCUGCUGUCGGUAACCUGGGCGCGUGUUGCUGUCGUUCAAGGGGAGCAAGUUGUUCAGUACAAACCCCUCAAUUGGAAGGGCCAUUUGGUUGCCGUUUGGUUGCCCGUUUCCCUGCAGUGGGCUGUCCGUCAGCGUUUUUUGCGUGAUCCGUCGCGGUUGUGGCCGGCGGAGCCCGACAUCAGAAGCUGGCUGAGAGACAAGGAAGAAAAGAUUACUAAGCUUAAAAAUAUGGUCUAG